AAGAAGAACUAGGGUUCUUCCCUAAAACCCUAGGUGUGGAGAAUUUGAUGCGGAGAAAGAGAGCGCGAUCGAGGAAUGCGCUUGCUCUCUUACGCGGAUGACUGCGACUCCGACGAAGGUGAGUCGGAUCUAGAGGGCGGGCGGAGGAGAAGAUCUCUCACCGGCCGGGGCGCGAUGCUGCGCUACUUGAGCCGCAAGAUCCACAGGUAUUUCAAGCCGGAUCCGUCGAGAUUGCUGGGGAUUUUCCUGCUGCUGGGCUCGAUCUUGCUGCUGAUGGUGUAUCUAGGGGAGAAUGGAGGCAUCCUGCUGCCUUAUUCUCGCGAUCCAGCGAUGGAAAACCAUCCAUUUGCUGGAUUGACGAGCCUAGUGAUGGUCGCUGGGCAUGCUGUCUACACGAGUAGGAUUUGUGCCAAGGCAAACGAGGAGAGCUCUUGGUUCUUGGAGCCUUAUCAGAGAAACUCUGGACAGGCUGCUACGUUUCUAGAGCACAUCCAUCGAGGUGUGGAGGCGGCGUCUAGAGACAAUCAAUCGCUACUUCUUUUCAGCGGAGGAGAGACGAGGAAAGAAGCUGGGCCUAGGAGUGAAGCUCAGAGCUACUGGAGUGUGGCGGACGCGAAUGACUGGUUCGGGCAUUCUUCCAGCGUUCGUGAUCGAGCAGUCACAGAAGAGUACGCAAGGGAUAGUUUCGAGAAUUUGCUCUUCAGCAUUUGCCGGUUUAGAGAACUCACUGGACAGUAUCCACAAAAUAUAACUGUUGUGAGCUACCAUUUCAAGCAGCACAGAUUCGUGGCCCUGCAUCGUUCAGCUUUGAAGUUCCCUCGUGAGAGAUUUGCAUACCUCGGAACGCUUCCAGCGAUUUCUACAGCGGCCGCGGCUGCGAGAGGAGAGCUUUUUGUACAAGAACAGUUUAGGAAAGACCCGUAUGGAUGCAUUGGACAACUUCGUGAGAAGCGGAUCAAGCGCGAUCCUUUUGCGAGGCUCAUCCCGUAUCCAGCAGGUUGUCCCGAGAUUGCCAACUUGUUUACGUACUGCGGCAGCAGCGUGAUAUCCCGGAGGCUACCAUGGAACUAGAAAGAAAAAUGAAACUCGUAAUUCAAGAACAAGAGACCAAGAUGAUGCAUUGAAGAACUUGAGAAAAAAGAAAGAGAAUUGCCACUCCCCUCGAGAAACUCCCACGUAUGGGAUGAUCACAUCACUCCUCAGUUCAGCUCCAGACAAGGUUCGCUCUCCCCUGCGCAAAACACAUCAAUCAGUUAAGAGAUUUUGCCAGCGAAGUACUAUCACGACGGCAGAUCCAUCUUUCAAACGGAAGGAAAAGCUUAUCCUUUUCGAGGAAGGAAGAAACAAGGCUCCAUCAAUCGUCCAGCCAGCAAACAUGGCAAAGCAGGAAGGACAUGGCAAAACAGGAGGUAGAAGCCUCCAUUCUUUCUAGCAGAGGUUUCGCUCGCUCGCGCAAAGCUAAACGUGGACAACUUGAAGACGAUGGUGGUAACAUAUCACGCACACAAACCACGAUUAGAGAAGCUUACAAACGAUGCUAAUCGCGAGAAGCUUAUAUUGAAAUCCAAUCGCGGAAGCGCGUGGUUCGCCCCAAUGCGCGCAUGGUUUUGUUU